AUGCAUUCCACAAUCUCGAAACCACCCGCCGAAGGCCCCUCUUCUUCCCCGACCACGGCACCGCCCAAGAGGAGGCACCGCGUCGACUCUAACCCUCACGCCCAGUGGUCAUCGUCCAGCGCCGCCCCCGACCCUAAGCGCGUCUGCUCCGACGACUCACGAUCCCAGACCCCCACUCCCGGACCACAGAACCACCACCCCCAGCAGCCCGGCGGAGGCCCCAUGCUGUCCGCAAAGAGCCAGGGCAAGCGGCCCGAGGUCAUCGACCUCACCGGCAGCGGCGCCGACUCGUCCGUCCACACGACACAUGCGGCCGCCACCGGCGGCCGGCCCGGGACCGCCUACGCAGCCCUCCACAGCAACCUCGGCGGCGGGCCAACCAGGCGGGCGGCGGCGUUCCAGCCGCACUCGGGCGCGCGCAAGCUCGUCAUCAAGAACUUCCGCCCCGCGACGCCGGCCCGGAGCGCGGGCGUGGACGAGUACUACGCGCGGGCGUGGGCGGACCUCGGGGCGGCGCUGACGGAGGUGUUCGCGGGCCGGCAGCCGCGGCAGCCGCUGGAGAGGCUGUACCGCGGGGUGGAGGACCUGUGCCGGAAGGGGGAGGCCGAGAGGCUGACCGAGAUGCUGCGGGCGAGGUUCGAGGAGCACCUCGGGAGGGAGCUGCUGGGCCGCAUCCGGAGCGACGGGGCCGCCGCGGGGGGCGGCAACGUCGGCGUACUUGGGGCGGUGCUGGCGCACUGGAAGGGCUGGAGCGCGCAGCUGACGCUGGUGCGGAGCAUCUUCGGGUACCUGGACAGGAGCUUCCUGGUCAACAACAAGGCGCUGGCGCAGAUCAACGACAUGGGCAUCGUCCUAUUCAGGAGGAUGGCGUUCGUGUCGCGCAGGGACUCGGACGAGCCGGCACCGGGGCCGGCGGCCCUCGCGGGCAUGUGCGAGCUGGUCGGGCUCGACCGCGGCGGAGAUGAGCGGUUCGACCCGGCGCUGCUGAAGGAGUCGGUGUCGAUGCUGCACGUCUUCAACGUCUACGGGAAGUCGUUCGAGCCGCGCUUCCUGAGGGAGUCAAUUGCUUACUUCGAGGGAUUUGCCGAGGAGAGGAGCUUGUCCUGCAGCCUGAAGGAGUACAUCGCCGCCUGCGAGAGGGUGCUCAAGAGGGAGGACCACAGGUGCGUCGCGUACAACUUCGACAGCACGACCAAGCGGCAGCUCCUGGACGCCGCCCACGAGAUCCUGAUUGAGAAGUACUCGUCCAAGCUGCUGGACGCCGGGAGUGUUGCCAAACUGCUAGACGAGAACGAGGCCGAGUCGAUGAAGGCCCUCUACGAACUACUGCGGCUAUCGGGCAUACAGAAAAGAUUAAAACAGCCUUGGGAAGAGUAUAUCCGACAGGCAGGGGCGGCCAUCGUGCAGGACACUACACGAGGGGACGAAAUGGUGGUUAGGUUAUUGGAGCUCCGAAGGACACUCGAUAUAAUGAUCCGAGAUGCCUUUGCUAAAGACGAAGACUUCACAUACGGUCUCCGGGAGGCUUUCGGCGGCUUCAUAAACGACAAGAAGAUAGCGUCCGCAUGGAACACGGGCACCUCGAAGGUGGGCGAGAUGAUCGCAAAAUACAUCGACAUGCUGCUCCGCGGGGGGCUGAGGACGCUGCCCAAGACCCUGCUGUCCGACAGCAAGGACCGGGCAGCGGCUGAGCAGAGCGGGGUGGCGAGCACGGCCGACGAGGAUGCCGAACUCGACCGGCAGCUGGACCACGGACUCGAACUCUUCCGCUUCAUAGAGGGCAAGGACGUCUUCGAGGCGUUCUACAAGAAGGACUUGGCACGGCGGCUGCUCAUGGGCCGGAGCGCCAGCCAGGACGCGGAGAGGAACAUGCUUACGAAGCUUAAGAGCGAGUGCGGCUCGAGUUUCACGCACAACCUCGAGCAGAUGUUCAAGGAUCAGGAGCUGGCCAAGGACGAGAUGGCUUCCUACAAGAUGUGGAAAGAGGGUACCGGACCCGGUAAGACCGACCUCGACCUCAACGUCAGCAUACUCUCUGCUGCGGCCUGGCCGUCAUAUCCCGAUGUGCGAGUCCUCCUGCCGCCCGAGGUGCUGGAGCACAUUGAGCGUUUCGACCGGUACUACAAGACCAAACACACGGGCCGCCGCCUCACGUGGAAACACAACCUGGCGCACUGCGUGGUCAAGGCGACCUUCGACCGCGGGCCCAAGGAGCUGCUUGUCAGCGCGUUUCAGGCCGUCGUUCUCACGCUCUUCAACGAGGUCGAAGACGGCGGUUUCCUGUCCUACGAGCAGAUCUCGCACUCGACGGGCCUCACGGGCGGCGAGCUGGAGCGGACGCUGCAGUCGCUCGCGUGCGGCAAGACGCGGGUGCUCCGGAAGCACCCCAAGGGCCGGGACGUCAAGGCCACGGACACGUUCACGGUCAACACGUCGCUCCCCGACCCCAAGUACCGCAUCAAGAUCAACCAGAUCCAGCUCAAGGAGACCAAGGAGGAGAACAAGGCGACGCACCAGCGCGUGGUGGCCGACAGGCAGUUCGAGACCCAGGCGGCCAUUGUGCGCAUCAUGAAGAGCAGGAAGACCAUGACGCACAGCCAGCUGGUGGCCGAGGUUAUCAACCAGACCAAGAGCAGGGGCGCCGUCGAUGCGGGGGAGAUUAAGAAGAACAUCGAGAAGCUUAUCGAGAAGGAUUACCUCGAUCGGGAGGACGGCUCCUACACGUACUUGGCGUGA